AUCUUCCACAUGACCUACGAUCUGGCCAGUGCUGUGGUGCGGAUUGUGAACCUGAUUGGGAUGAUGCUGCUGCUGUGUCAUUGGGAUGGCUGCCUCCAAUUCCUUGUGCCUAUGCUGCAGGACUUCCCCGACGAUUGUUGGGUGUCCCUCAACCGCAUGGUGAAUGACUCCUGGGGGAAGCAGUAUUCCUAUGCGCUGUUCAAGGCAAUGAGUCACAUGCUCUGCAUCGGGUAUGGGCAGCAGGCGCCCGUUGGCAUGUCAGAUGUGUGGCUCACUAUGCUGAGCAUGAUUGUUGGGGCCACCUGCUAUGCCAUGUUCAUCGGCCAUGCCACAGCCCUAAUCCAGUCUCUGGACUCCUCACGGCGUCAGUACCAGGAGAAGUACAAACAAGUGGAACAGUAUAUGUCCUUCCACAAGCUCCCUGCAGACAUGCGGCAGCGCAUCCACGAUUACUAUGAGCACCGCUACCAGGGGAAGAUGUUUGAUGAGGAGAGCAUCUUGGGAGAGCUGAGUGAGCCCCUCCGAGAGGAAAUCAUAAACUUCAACUGCCGGAAGCUGGUAGCCUCCAUGCCCCUCUUUGCCAACGCAGAUCCCAACUUUGUGACAUCCAUGUUGACCAAGUUGCGGUUUGAGGUGUUUCAGCCAGGGGAUUACAUCAUCCGGGAGGGCACCAUCGGCAAGAAGAUGUACUUCAUCCAGCACGGGGUGGUGAGCGUCCUCACUAAAGGCAACAAGGAGACCAAGCUGGCAGAUGGCUCCUACUUUGGAGAAAUUUGUCUGCUGACCCGUGGCCGGCGCACAGCCAGCGUGCGAGCUGAUACCUACUGCCGGCUCUACUCUCUCUCAGUGGACAACUUCAACGAGGUGCUGGAAGAGUAUCCCAUGAUGCGGCGAGCUUUUGAAACAGUGGCUCUUGACAGGCUGGACAGAAUUGGCAAGAAAAAUUCCAUUCUGCUGCAUAAAGUCCAGCAUGACCUCAAUUCGGGUGUUUUCAACUACCAAGAGAAUGAGAUCAUCCAGCAGAUUGUGCAGCACGACAGAGAGAUGGCACACUGUGCUCACAAUGUCCAGGCUGCCGCUGCUGCUGCUGCCGCUGCCGCAUCCACACCCACCCCUGUCAUCUGGACUCCACUGAUCCAGGCACCCACCACCACUUCUGUCGCUAUAGCUCUGACCCACCACCCACGCCUCCCAACAGCCAUCUUCCGUCCUCCAGUGUCCGUCUUGGGUUCCCUGGGACAGCAAUCCAACCAGACUCCAAGACAGCUGAAAAGGCUUCAGUCUCUAAUCCCAUCGACUGGACCUUCUGCCGUUGGCUCUCCCUCCAGUACUCCAUCCCAGCUGCAUACACCAGGAGCAGAAACCCCUUCGUCCUCUUCCUUCCACAUCCAGCAGCUCGCAGGAUUCUCAGCUGCCGCCGGCUUAGGCCAGUUCCAGGUGGGAUCCCCUCCAGGUGGCUCAAGCCAGCCGGGUACAAGCGGCAUGUCCUCAGUGGGACUGAGCCAGUUCCAGCAAGCACCUUCUGGAUCACCUUUAGGUGCAGCUCAGCCCGUGCAGCAGCAGCAGCAGCAGCCGGCCCUUUCCAGCAGUGGAUUUGGGCACUUCCAGCAAGCCACAGCUAGCUCCCCAUCAACAUCACUCACCCAGCUCUCAUCAAACUCACCCCCCAGUCUUCUCAACCAGUUCCAGCCCACCACAAGACCACUGCAGGGGGGACAGUUGCAGCAGCUCUCGGGCAGUGGGACUUUGGGGGGAAUGCAUCACUUCCAACCCCCUCCUUCUUCCAACUCUCCAUCCUCCAGCCUAAGCCAGCUGGCACAGGCCUCUGGUGGGCCGUCCUCAGGCCUGUGCCAAACACAUCCAAGUGCAUUGGGGUCUUUAACUGGAACGAUAGCCCAGCUCCACCAAGAACGGCCACCUUUUGCCUCCAUGUCUCCACUACAACAGUCUGGUGUCGCCUCUCCCUGUUAUACUCCUUCUGGCCUUAGUCCUCCUAGUCAGAGCCCAGUGGCAACAAGAACUUUUCAGUGUGUCCCUUCUGGGGCCUCAGGCUCUCACGGAUCUCUGCUCCUGCCUCAGACCGCCAGCCCACCUCCACAGAUCCUGCAGUCCAAGAGCACGCCGCCUGUGCCACCGGGACGUCUGAACCAGGACAUCAAGUUGAUUUCUGCUUCUCAGCCAUCUUUGCCCCAAGAGCUGGCUCAGACACUGAGCCAAAGUUCUCCUCAUUCCUCUAGAGAAUCUGUUUCUAGCUUCUCUCCUUUUCCUGGUGGAGGGACUGGACUUCUUGGGAAGCCUUGUAGCUCAAUUCCUGGGCGUGUGACUUUACCACGUCAGAUGUCCUCAGGUUCUUUACCAUAUCCACUGGUGUUUGGGGCCAGCGCUGCAGGCGCUGCUUCUCUGACUGCUGGUGGGCGGAAAGAAUCCAUAGUACUCACAGGGGAUCUGGAACCUGUCAGAUCCAAACUGCCCUCCAAUUUGUGA